AUGCAGACAGCUUCUAUAAACAUUUGUGAAAGACUGUGCAAUAAGUAUAUCUGUGAAAUUUCCUUGCUACUAAAUAAUCCAUGGUCAGCUGUUUGUAGUAUUAUAACAAAGUGGAAGCAACUGGUAACAACAGCAACACAGCCAUGAAGUGGUAGGCCACAUAAAAUUACAGAGUGGGGUCAGCUCAUGCUGAAGCGCUCAGUGUGCAGAAGUCGCCAACUGUCUGCAGAGUCAAUAGCUAAAGACCUCCAAACUUUGUGUGGCCUUCAGGUUAGCACAACAAUAGUGCGUAGGGAGCUUCAUGGAAUGGGUUUCCAUGUCCGAGCAGCUGCAUCCAAGCCUUACAUCACCAAGUACAAUGCAAAGCCUCGGAUGCAGUUGUGUAAAGCACACCACCACUGGACUCUA